AUGACAUGCACAGUGUGCAGUUACUUCUACCUGUGCAAGGACUGCGCACAGAUGGGCUGCCACCCAGAGCAUCCGCUUACCUCACGAGCUGUGUCACAUUUUGAGGACUGUAAGUUCACACACUUUCAGACUUUUGCAAACCGGAGUUGGAGAUUGCAGAGAGAAGGCGAAGUGAUAAUAAAGGAGGAUACUGUGGGUGUUGGAGAGGACCCACUGAAAAAUGUGAGUGCACGAAAGGAUCUCACAGAUGAACAUGUGGCCCCUGACACUCCAGCCACCUCUUCUGCACCAGUCUCACCUCCAGCUGAGGCUCAGACGAACAAAUCAAAGAAGGCUUCCUGGUGGCGCAGAUGGCUUUUUUGUGAGAAAAAGUCAAAGGUUUUUCCCAAAAAUGAAGACAAGGCAGAAGACACGGUCGUGCCACCUUCUGAACCCCAACAGAGUACCAUCAGCACUGAAAAAUGUGAAGUCAAGGACGUUGGUGUCCAGACAGAGGUUUCCUGCCCUCCCAACUCGCUGCUGUUUUUCUGCACGAAAAAGGUGACCUUAGAUGAUGAGCCGCGUUGUCCUGAAGUCAAUGAGAGAGAUGAGCCACUUUCCAGGCCGUGUACCCCAGCAGGUCACGGUGGGAGCCAGGGGGCCAUGCUAAGAGACCACGUCACACACUGCUGACUAACAUACGAUGACGAGUUCGUCAAUGAUGAGCAGCGGCAGAGAA